AUGUCCUGUGGGGAGCAAGGCGCUGCACCAGAGGCAGAGGUGGUGCCAAAGGAUGGCAAGGAGGGCAGCAAGGAGGGCUGCAACUGCUGCGGGGCAAAGGAGGUGGUCCCGGACCGGAUCUUUGCCGAGCGUGAGCAGAAGUAUUGUCAGGACUGUUGGAACGCUUGGGACCGCUGUGGAUGGUGGCAGCCCUCCAUCCGUGUGUCCACGCGACCGCCCUUGCUGGGGCCGGAUGGGUUGCCCUGCAUCCAUGCAGAGGACGCCUUCUUUCUGCCGGGUUUCCUAUGCAGCAAUGAGGACGUGUCAGUGCUGGAGCGCUUGAGAAAUGAGCUGGCGGAAGAAGGAAAGGAGUUCACUGAUUGGCAUGGUGCCCGUCACUUGGCACACCAUUUCGAUUCUGGACGCCAGGCGGAGCUUCCGGCGGAACAUCGCCUGCGCGCGCAGCUGGUGAAGCGAAUGGAGGAGGCCUUCGGGGUCCGGGCCAAUGCUGUGCGGGUGAACUACUACCGCAACAACAAGGACUAUAAGCCCAUGCAUUACGACCGCGGCAGUGAUGAGAACGGCGUGCCGCAGCUCACCAUCGGCGCUUCCUUCGGGGCCACCAGGGAGCUGACGCUGAUGCACGUGAAGUCGGGGGUUACCAUGUCCUUCCCCCAACGCAAUGGCGAUGUCUUCGCCUUUACCCCGGAGCUGAACGAGGUCUUCAUGCACGGUGUGCCGCAUGUGAUGCCCAACAGUCCAGCGGCAAAGGAGGAAGAGGAUGCUGGCCGUUUGUCUUUGAUCAUUUGGGCAGCCAAAGUGACUGCUUUUGAUGCGCGCGAGCGUGGGGAUUGGCAGCUGUUGGGUCAAAGCAGCGAGCAGAAAAAUGUCGCCAAGGAAUGGGCGCAACGCGGCAUCUUGUCCGAAGUGGUGAAACCGCACCGGCGCCAGGAGGUGGACAGCUGCAAGAUGGGUCCCAGCGACCUGGGCACCUGCAGUAGCACCUUGCGGAAGUCCGCCAGCGCCACCAGUUUCUCGCUGUCGGAGCGCCUAAGGGCCAAAGCGCAGAAGGCGGAACCGCAAACUCCACGGAAGAUCGUUCAAGAUGUGGAGCCUAAGGUGAUCGAAGUUUAUUCUCACAAACCAGGGGACCGACCCCGAAAGGUCACCGUGGAACGGCGACGGAAAUGGUUUGAAGCCUUGGAUGUGGUUGCUCUACUAGAAGAGCGGAACUGCAACUUCUCACCCAACUGGGACCGCGAUUUCUGGUUGCAGCUGGAUGAUUUCAACAACGUUGAGUUUGACAUCCGCACGCCUGAACAAUGGCUUGAGCUGACAAAGCAACCAGAUGGGAGUUUUCUCCCUUUGCAGGCCAAAGCGAUGCGCUUCCACGAGACAAAGGGCUCUGUUUGGGAGGACUGCACCGUGGAAGGCCUCAAGGAUUUGGAGGAUGGCAAGGGCACCAAGGACUUCUUGGUUCGGUGGUCAUCCAGCGGCGCCGAGGCGGAGUUGGAGCCGGUGGGACGUUUGAGAAUCGUCGUGCAGGGCGAAGAUCCCGAGGUCUAUGCAGAUCGGAUCCUCUUCGCGUUUGAGGCCCUCCAGAAGGCCCAAGCACGGAUUCGAUUGAACUUCUUCGUGGAUAAUAUGCCCGUGGACGGUCUUCAAACUUUGGACGACGAUCAGGUGACGAGGGUCUUGGACUUGUCCCGCAACUCAGCGGCUCUGCGAGAAGUGCCUGACAGUUUUUGCAGCGUGCUGGUGCGCGAAGCCAACUUGGACUUUGCCCGGACCAUGAACAAGAUCGUUCUGAUCGCGGACCCCCAGGUUCAGAAGCCGCCAGGCUACCGCUACCAGCAGGGGCCCGGUCAGUUGGCGGACCUGUCGUCCUUGCUCGAUGAUAUCGACAUCGAUGACCUUGAAGAUGCAGGCGAAAAUCCCUUUGAGAGGGACGUUCCUUGGUUUUCACUGUGGCCAGUGCCGGAGUAUUGUUUCACCGACGCGUUCUCUUCGUUCUGUUUCGCGUCGCUCUAUAUCAGGCCAGAAGUGGUCAGUAGCCUUGGGGAGGUUUGUCAGGAAAAUUUGAACUUGAUGGCUUCUUGCAUCUAUGCCAACCGCUUCACACGGUUGAUGAAGCCAGAACAGUUCCGACAGAUUGAACGAUCCGCAAUCACAACAAUGGCACACAAGAUUCGAGAGCAGUGGGUGGUAAACAUUCAAAAGGUGAUCCUCAACAACUUCCGGGAUGUGGGCAAAGGCUGGUUCUCCAUCCAUGAGACCAACCAAGAUACGUACCGACAAGGGAAGUUGAAGAAGCUUUUGGCUGUGGUGAAGAACAUGAUGCAAGACUCACUGGAGUUCUUCACCUUGGAUUCUGUGGACGACUACUGCCAUGGCUUGGAGGAGCUAUGCCCGGAGGCUGUUUUGGUGAAAGACCUGAACCAGGUGCAAAGCCAAUUUGUUGAGCGACCUCGGCCCAAAGCUGCCAAGCGCGGGGGCAGUUUGCAACUCAUUCCUCCAGGACGUCCUGGGGCGGCUUUCUACGGCGGAGAUCGCGACGACGACUCGGUGGAUCUCCUUCCGGGCUCCGCCUUGUUUCUCUUGGAGAUCAAGAUCUCGGAGGAGAAGGCUUUUGUGUAUUCCACCAGCAGUGAGGCAGCCAUCGACAUGUGCGCAGAGAUCCUUGACAUGGGCAUGAUGUCCCUCGGCGACAUUCCACAGGUGGAGCCGCAGAUCGUGCCACAGCUCUUCAAGACGGUGGUGGUGAAGCAGGUGCUGAACACGGUGGAUGUGAACACUCCCAGGGAUGAAGGAGCGCCAGUGCCCUUCGUGAAGGCAAGGAAAGCCACCAUGAUGGCUAACCUCAAGAAGGUUGGGGAACUGACGAUUUUGACUACCGAUGCUGCGGCUUUUUCCUGGGCGCCAUGGCAUUUUCCAACCGUAGUUUCGACACACCCAGAGUAG